GUUGUUUUCACCUCGCGCUUUUUCCAACGUUGUCAACCAGAGUGAAAUACGUACUGGCAAUAAGAAAAAAUACUGUAAAUCCUGAUCUGGUGUAUAUAUACAUAUACAUAUAUAUUUAUGUGUAAAGUAUAAGUUAUGUGAGGAGGGGAAACGUAUUAUCAAGCCAUAGACCAGUAGCAACUGGUAACUCAUGGACAAAAUGUUGUGUCGGUAGCUCUUUCGUCGGAGCAAUCAUAUAAUUUGUCAUAAAUAUGAAUCAUUGUGUUAACUAUAUAUAUAUAUAAUUCCAGGUUCAUUAUAUUUUGUCGGGUGGUGAAAAUAUUGGUUGCAAUUUCCACGAACAUUAAUACAGUGUAUAUAUUUUAGUGCAUCACAUCUACGAUUGACGGUUUAAAGGCUUGUACAGUUUGUGUCUUAUGUGUGUCCUAGUUGGGCGUGUGUCGACCCCUCGUUACUAUAUACGUUCUCUCACGUCCAUUGAUUCCAUAAUUUUUCGUUGUUACGGCGCAUGUGAAAACUAUUGGAUGGAUUACUUUGCUCCUUAAAAUCCUCACAUCCUCAAAACAAUUUAAAUAUAUAUUAUAAAUAUAUAUAACAAAGAGUGUAACUGGUGGCUGCAAUGGCUAUUGACCGUGCCAAGUUCCUGGAUAAUUACAAUCACAGUUUUAAAUUUUUUACAUUCUCCUGAUACUCAUCCGCAAUUAUUUAUUACCAACAUCUGUCGAUUUAUAUUACGAUCCAUGGAUAAAGGAUGUACGACAAUAUAUCAGACGCGUCGGAUGCGUAAAGAUAAAUAUAUUAAAUCACCCACGUACAUUUGUCAAAGAAACGCCCUGUCGUCAAUUGUAUUUUCUUUGUAAUUUUAUUUUUAAAUUACUUGGGUAACAUUCAUGAAAAAAUAAACUGGCAUGAAAAAAAUCAGCUGACUUUACCAAAAAAUAAUAAAUUUAUAAAAAAAAGCAACAGAGGUCGUUUCUUUUUGUGUUAAUGUUGUUGUUGUUGUUGUUGUUUAAUGUGAUUUGACAGUAGUCAACCAAAAAAAAAUGGGAAACUGUUUUAGCAGCCCGACAGAUGCGGAGACAGAAAAGUCUGACAGGAUUGGUAAUCCUAGUAUUGAAGCAGUUGCUUCUCAAGCCAGUCCAGUACCAACUCCUCCACCAGAUCCCAUACGACCUGUACCGCAAAUUCCAGAUACAGAUGUGCCCUCGGCAAAAGUAUUCGUCGCUCUCUAUGAUUACGAUGCUAGGACUGAUGAAGAUCUUAGUUUUCGUAAGGGUGAACAUCUGGAGAUACUCAAUGAUACUCAGGGCGAUUGGUGGCUUGCUAGAAGCAAGAGGACCAGACAAGAAGGUUACAUACCCAGCAAUUACGUCGCUAAACUUAAAUCUAUUGAGGCUGAACCCUGGUACUUCAGAAAGAUCAAACGUAUUGAGGCCGAGAAGAAGCUCCUGUUGCCAGAGAAUGAUCAUGGGGCAUUUUUAAUCCGUGAUUCUGAAAGCAGGCAUAAUGAUUAUUCACUUUCUGUCCGUGAUGGUGACACUGUCAAACAUUAUCGGAUUCGACAGUUAGAUGAGGGAGGAUUUUUCAUAGCAAGACGUACGACAUUUAGAAACCUUCAGGACCUUGUUGAGCAUUACAGCAAAGAAGCUGAUGGCCUCUGUGUAAAUCUCUGCAAGCCGUGUGUACAGGUGGAGAAACCCGUGACAGAAGGAUUGAGUCAUCGAACAAGGGAUCAAUGGGAAAUUGAUCGGUCUUCACUGAAGUUCGUAAGGAAACUUGGCCAGGGACAAUUUGGUGAGGUAUGGGAAGGUUUAUGGAACAACACAACACCCGUUGCUAUCAAGACUCUCAAACCAGGCACGAUGGACCCUAAAGACUUCCUCGCAGAAGCACAAAUUAUGAAAAAACUACGUCAUGCAAAACUUAUACAACUGUAUGCUGUUUGCACAAUGGAGGAACCUAUUUAUAUUAUUACAGAACUCAUGAGAAAUGGAAGUCUUCUUGAGUUCUUGCAAGGAAAAGGUCGAGGACUAAAGCUACAACAGUUGAUCGACAUGUCUGCGCAAAUCGCUGCUGGUAUGGCGUAUCUCGAGUCACAAAAUUACAUUCAUCGAGAUUUAGCAGCCCGAAAUGUUCUUGUGGCUGAUGGAAAUGUUGUCAAAAUAGCUGACUUUGGCUUAGCCCGAUUAAUAAAAGAAGACGAGUAUGAAGCUCGUGUAGGUGCUAGAUUCCCAAUUAAAUGGACCGCACCCGAAGCUGCCAAUUACAGUAAAUUCAGUAUUAAAUCGGACGUAUGGUCGUUCGGUAUACUUUUGACUGAACUUGUAACAUAUGGACGAAUUCCAUAUCCUGGUAUGACAAAUGCUGAAGUAUUACAUCAAGUCGAACACGGCUACCGAAUGCCAUGUCCUCCUGGAUGCCCGACGGCACUUUAUGAUAUAAUGCUAGAAUGUUGGAAUAAAGAUCCAAUGAAGAGGCCAACUUUUGAAACCCUUCAAUGGAAGCUAGAAGAUUUCUUUACAAUGGAGGGCUCAGAGUAUAAAGAAGCAUCUGCAUAUUGAGUCUCAUGUUUUGAACAAACAAUUGAUUAUAUAAAAUUAACGAACAAAUAACAUCUAAUUUAAAAAAUUUAAAGAGAUAUAACCAUAAAUAUUAAUUCAGACUGGUAAUCUUACUACGAUCAUCUACAUAGUAAUGUUUAUUUUUAUAACGUCGCCGUUAUUAUCUCGUACUUGUUUACAUGAUAUUCUGGCUGCCAUAUAACGAAAGAAAAUAAGAAGUGAUUGUUAAGUAAGAAAUAUUAAUAACAGGAGUUUCGAUGAUUAAUUAUAAUAUUAAAUACAUAAAUAAUGAUAUUUAUAAUCUUAGAUUAGGUUAAUAAAAGUAUACAUUUUAAAAAUGA